AUGACACUUCCAAAUGAACUCUGGCUUCCAAUCUUCGAAUAUCUGCCUCCACAGUCACUUCGUAAUGUUAUCUUAACGUCCAAGAAAUUUCAUGCAGUCGCUAUUCGUCUUCUUUACAAGCAUCUGAUUCUGACGUCCCCGACAUCAUUUAUAACGGCGCGCUCCUCACUGUCUUCCAUCCAGCCUUCACCGCAUGCUCUUCUUCUCAGUAUUUCACCGUUCGUACGGACCGUAGAUCAACUUCAAGAAGCUGUCGCCGUUGUUUCCUUUGACGGGUUGAAGCCAAUUACUGUCAACGCUAAUAACAAUCGCCAGUCAACCAGGGCCCUUUUCUCUGAAACCAAGGAUGUCUACCGACCAAGCCUGGUUGCGGAUAUGACACUUUACAACACUCUCCUAUCGCAAGUGACUUCCUUUACAUCUCUCAGACAGCUCGUCUUCCGCGGUAUGAUUCUUCCAGUAAAUUUCCAUUCUAUCGUGCACGACUUUCCACACUUGCGUGAUUUGGCGGUUGUGCACUGCACCGUUCCCUUCGUCCGCGCCCCUCCAGAUAUUGACCACACUUGCUUGAAAAUCGAAACUCUCACCCUCCUUGACAUUCGCGCUACUUCUCGAUCUGACGAUGACGACUUGAAUCUUCCCCGUACCCGUCUACGCCUGCUUGCAAAAGCCUCAACCCUCUGCACUCUCACAUAUGAUCAUACCAUCUGGGUGCACCGCGCUUUUACAUCUUCCUCCCCAUCCCCCCCGCUUACUGCUCUCGACGUCAAGUUCCCCGUCCAGAAAGACCGUCCCAGAGUUCCGCUAGGCUUCAUUCCGUUCCUUGAGACUCUUCCCUCCCUCCGCACUCUCAUCUUGCGAAACCACGUACCAGCACUCUCAUUGUCGCCAAGCGCUCUUCCAGCUCUCUGUGCCAUUUCUGCCCCAUUCUCUGCCGUCACUUCUCUCAGUUCUGGCCGUAGUAUUGUUAAACUCGACAUCCGUGACGAGGCUGCGCUUACGCCACUUUACAAAGCAUUUGCAGCAGUGCACUCUGAUUUGUCAAUGGUGCAAGAGCUUUCGCUGUUCGUAGGGGACUGGGAUGAUGAGCUUAUACUGGCCAUCGUCGCACAUUUUCCCAAUUUAACCAAGUUACAAAUCAGGUAUGUAAGGGGAGGGCCAAGCGAGGACACCAUCAUCGGGUUGGGUUCUCGUACACUAUAUGCUCUUCCACACCUUGUAUCCGUACACAUCUUCUGCAUCCCUCUUCCCCUACCCCCUCACAAUUUCCUCGAGACGAACAACAUUGAUGACGAUACUGCAUACGGCGCCCCUGGUAUCGACGACACUUAUUUCCGGAGCAUGCAUGACAUCGAUCCGGACGCAGACAGGAGCUCGGAGCAGGAUAACGACAAUGAUGAUUAUGGCAUCGCUUGGAACCGUGCUUGUCCCGGACUUCGCACUGUUCAACUGCACCCGGGGUGGGUGUGGCGGCGCGCGGACCCUACUGACUCUUGGGUGGCGAGGCCGUGCGAAUCAGGCAUUUUUGGCGAUGUUUUCGAAUCGCCACUUUGCGACGCGAGGUUACUCGCAGAUAUCAUAAAAAAUGCUGAAUCAAGAGCACGCAACACUGGCUGGAGGCCAUCCGGGCCAGCAUCCCCGAUUAUAAUCACGCAUAUUUGA